UGACCCUGGAGAACAGGAGCAGUUUCUCUUCACACCCACUCUUGCCACUGCACCUUCACCUCCCUGGAAUUUUUGCCCGAUCAAGGAGCCCAGCAAGAAGCCACUCAAAAGAGGGGGAUAGCUAGUGAAUUCAGAAUCCUAUCAACUGUCUUCAGUGAAACUUGGAUUCCCAGAGAUAACCAUUAGAGCAGAUGGAUAAUGGAGACUGGGGAUAUAUGAUGACCAAUCCAGUCACAAUAAAUGUAGGCGGUCACUUGUAUACCACCUCUCUCACCACAUUAACAAGAUAUCCCGACUCUAUGCUUGGGGCCAUGUUUGGGGGAGACUUCCCUUCAGCCAGAGACUCUCAGGGUAAUUAUUUCAUCGAUCGAGAUGGACCGCUUUUCCGGUAUGUCCUCAAUUUCUUAAGGACGUCAGAAUUGACUUUACCUCUAGAUUUUAAGGAAUUUGAUCUGCUUAGAAAAGAAGCAGAUUUUUAUCAGAUUGAGCCCUUGAUUCAGUGCCUCAGUGACCCUAAACCAUUGUAUCCCGUGGAUACCUUUGAAGAAGUUGUGGAGCUGUCUAGCACUCGGAAACUUUCCAAGUACUCCAACCCGGUGGCAGUAAUCAUAACUCAGUUAACCAUCACCACCAAAGUACAUUCAUUACUGGAAGGCAUUUCAAACUACUUUACCAAGUGGAAUAAGCACAUGAUGGACACCAGAGACUGCCAGGUUUCUUUUACUUUUGGCCCCUGCGAUUAUCACCAAGAAGUUUCCCUCCGAGUCCACCUGAUGGAGUAUAUUACGAAACAAGGGUUCACGAUCCGCAACACUCGCGUGCAUCAUAUGAGUGAGCGGGCCAAUGAAAAUACAGUGGAGCACAAUUGGACUUUCUGUAGAUUGGCCCGGAAGACGGACGACUGAUCUGAACUAGGAGGGGUUUAUGGCAGGUGAUUUUCCCAUUGUAUGGAAGAGGCUGCCUUUUUUUUUUGUUUGUUGGGUUUUUUUUUUAAUAGCGCAACAGUAUGGGGUUUUUAAUAUGUGUAUUUAUUGAGGCAUUGAGACUGAAAAAGUUUUGUGCUUAGCAGCCCCUCCUGUCCUUUGCCCCUUCUACAUAAAUUAUGCAUGUGCCUGUUCAAAAUAUCAAAAUACCUUUUUCAUAAAAAGAAUUCUAAAAAUCACAAGGUAUAAUCUUCCUGUUAACAGUGCUUUCACAGUUAAAGUGCUAAAAAUCAGUUCUGUUCAAAUGGUUCCUACCCAACAGGAAAGCUAAAGUCUUGGAAUGAAAAUUUAAGAUGCCUUUGGGAAAGGCAGAUUCAGUAGAGGGUGAUGAUGACCUCAAACCAAUAAGUGGCACUGUAAUACUAUAAAAAAACAGUUUCCAUCAGUAUUAAAGUACUUAAGUACCGCUUUUUACAGUUAUGACAACUGUUUAUUUCUAUGCAUAGAAAAAUAAAGCAACCAAAUAUCUCUAGCCGUGGAAAUGCCUGACUAGAAAUACUUACAUUGGAUUCUGCAUUCAAAAUGUCUCCAUGGUAUAAAUCUUAUUUUUUAUGCCUUAUGCUAUAUUUUUCUCCAGUACACUACCUGCCAGAGAGACUCUAAUUAAAAAGAAAAUCAAAUGUGAAA